AUGUCUUUUCCGACGUCCAUUUAUUCUCUUCAAAUGCUUGCUAUUCCAACGUUGACUGACCCGGGAAAUCCACUCUUUCGACAGUCUGCAUACGAUUGGAUUUCAGUGAGGUACCUUUUUCGAAAAAUUUCUCUAAGUCCAUCGUUAACUCGCACUAUGUUGGACGACGCACAUAAGAUCAAGCUUGAACUACCUUCGAAACUACAGGCAUUCAGUUUUACCUUUGAAACCAAGCGACCAGGGCCUAUGACAGUCGAAAUCACGCUCAGAUGGCCCACCAAGCGGCCCAGAUUACUACAAGUUCCUGAACAUGUCGACCUCAGCGCGACCGAACCCAAAACUCCUGACCGACUUCAAGUCAUGCGCUGGCAAGAGGCCCAGAAAUAUAAAAAGUCUGCAGCUGGAACCAUGGCAAGGAUCGACGCAGAAGAGACCUUCGAUAGUAGCGACACGGAGAAAGAGACUCUGGCAGAGUUCACCCGCUGGUACAAGGCCAAGGGGGCUCAUGAGGUCAUGGGUAUACAGAGCAGGGGAACAGACUCGGGUUUGAGUCGUGGCCUGCAUCAGUAA